AUGAACAUUUGGGCCCCACCAAAAAACAGAACGCGCGCUAAACGAGCUGUAGUACUCGUCCAUGGCUUCGCCGGCAACGGAAUGAUCACGUGGCUGUUCCAGGUCUUAUCUCUGAGGAGGAAGUACGCGGUCUACGUGCCCGACCUCCUCUUCUUCGGCGGCUCCUCCACCGCCAGGCCCGAGCGGUCGCCGGCGCUCCAGGCGGAGUGCCUCGCGAAGGGGCUGAGGAAGCUGGGGGUGGAGAGGUGCACGGUGGUGGGAUUCAGCUACGGCGGCAUUAUGGCGUUCAAGAUGGCGGAGAUGCAGCCGGAGCUGGUGGAGGCCGUGGUGGUUAGUGGGUCGGUGGCGGAGCUGAGUGAGUCGGUUAGUGGAGAUGUGCUUAGUAGGCUCGGGUUUUCGUCGUUGUCGGAGAUGCUGCUGCCGGAAUCUGUUGAGGGGUGUGAGGCUCUUUUGAGAAUUGGCAUGCAUAAGAAGAUAUGCUUUCCCAAUCGUCUCUACAAAGAUUUUCUUGAGGUGAUGUUUGUAAAUACAAAGGAAAGGGCCGAGCUGCUCGAGGGUCUCAUAGUUCUUGAUACAGAUGCAAAACUCCCCAAACUUUCUCAGAAAGUACAUUUGUUGUGGGGUGAGGAGGAUCAGAUAUUCAAGCAAGAACUUGCUCAACACAUGAGAGAGGUGGUCGGAUAUAACGCAACGUAUGAAAGCAUCAAGAAAGGAGGCCACUUAGUUCAUCUUGAAAGGCCCUUGGUCUACAACAAAUGCCUCAACCACUUCCGACUUUCAUCCUUGCCACCACCACAUUCAUCCCAACAAACGCAUGCAUAA